GCCCUAAGCUAUAGCUUGUUUAUCUUAUACGUAAAUCCGGCACUGGUUCCCAGGAUCCUUAGGCCGGGGUGGGUGGGGAGCCAUGACAGUUCCACAGCGGUUCUGUAGCGCUUUGCAUUUACGAUACUUUGAGUCACAACAUUUGCUUCAUUGAAGGAGCUUUUGAACCAUCGCCAUGCAGGCCCUUCUGGGAAUUUUCUUCUUCUCUCUGCUAACUACAGGUGCCUCUUUGGAAUGUGUAGUUUGCCGUGGACAAACAUUCUGCACUGGCACAAAGGAACCUUGCCCUUCUGCUGAUGAUGUGUGUUACAUGACUUUGGCAGAACGCCCAAAAGAUAACACCACAGUUACAAAAGUAGUGAAGGGCUGCCUUUCCCCUGACCUCUGCAAAAUAUGGUUCGAGAUUUAUCUUGGACAGGAUAAACACAUCAGGGAAAGCACUGUCUGCUGCUCAAAGGAGAAUUGUUCGCCAGAUUCCCCUGAAUUGCCAAGAAUGCCCCCCGAUGUCAAUGGAAAGUUUUGCCCAUCCUGCUAUUCUAAAAAUGAUGAAUGCCCUGAGGAAUAUGUCUAUUGUACUGGAGGGAAUGCUUUCUGCAUAGGUUUUAUCACGGUUACAGACACGAACGUCGUAAAUAGCACCAUGAAGGGCUGCAUUUCUGAAUCUGGCUGCCAGACACUACAAUCAAUGAACAGACCGCUUUCUGCCUUUCCUAAUAUGAGAAAUGUGACCUGUUCCCAGGCCAAGGUCUCUCAAGCCAGCAGGGCUGCUCCCUCGUUAGCAUAUCCCCUCCUAGUUCUCCUGCUGAUGAAACUUCUCUUAUAA